UAAAUGUUCUCCAAAUCUCGUCAGGAGCUUUAAGUUUGAAAAACUGCAGUAUGAGUCUCUCGUUGUGUCGCUUGUUUGGUUCUGGCUUCACUCCGGCUUUCUCAUUGAUCACAUCCAGAGCUGCAGCUUUUCGUUUUUCUAGCACAAUGGCCUCGGUUGAGUUCAUAAAAGACCUUUGUACUCCAGCGCUGGUCGUUGACCUGGAUAAAGUGAAGAGAAACGCUGAAGGAAUGAAGGAGCGAUGCCAGAAACUACAAGUCCAGCUGAGACCUCACAUGAAAACACACAAAACGCUGGAAUGUGCGGACAUCAUGACAGGAGGCUCUCGUCGCUGUAUUGUGGUGUCGACACUUGCUGAGGCCUCUUUCUAUGCUGAUAAUGGUUAUGAUGAUAUACUGUACGCAUAUCCUCUGCCGUUUGAUAAAGUGGAGCGUUGUGCUGAGCUCUCCGAGAGACUCUCUCUGUUCCACGUGCUGCUGGACAACAGUCUGGCCCUGCAGGAGCUGAGGAAGAGACCGCUGAAGCAGGGAAAAGUCUGGAGCGUCUGGAUGAAGCUGGACUGUGACAACGGAAGAGCGGGUGUUCCUCACUAUGAGCCGGUGGCGCUUCAGCUCGCUCAGGAGAUCUGGCAGACGGAAGGGGUGGAGCUGACCGGUGUUUACGCCCACUGUGGAAACACCUACAGCUGUCAGGGAGAGGAGCGAAUCAAAGACGUCGCUCAGCAAACCACUACAGUCACACUACAGUUCAUGGACCAGCUGAAGGCUGCAGGAAUACACAGUCCCAAAUCCAGCAUUGGCUCUACCCCUUCCUGCAGUCACCCAGUGCCAGACAUGGCCAAGCUGAGUGAGGUGCAUCCUGGAAACUAUGUAUUCUAUGAUGUGCAGCAGUCCCUCAUUGGGUCGUGUAGUCUUGAGGAUGUGGCAGUCCGGGUGUUAACGCGGGUCAUUGGGCAUUACCCCCACCGAAACCAGUUACUAGUGGACUGUGGCUGGACGGCACUGAGUCAUGAUGGAGGGGGACGGUUGCCUACAGGAUACGCUGUCAUUGAAGGACAUCCAGAACUCAAACUCCUGUCUAUGACUCAGGAACACGGCAGGGUGGAGCCCGUCUCUGGAAAACUGGACUUCAAGCAGUUCCCGCUGGGGUCCCUGCUCACCCUCAUGCCUUACCAUGCUUGUGCCACCGCCAUGAUGCAUGCGGUUUAUUUUGUCCACUCUAAAGGGAAGAUUGUGGACACAUGGAAACCCACUCGAGGCUGGUAACAAUCCCUAACACAGAAACACUGCUCCAGCUGCUUUAUAAUGCAGGUGUCUGUAGGAAACUAAACUUAAGAGCUUGCUGUUUCUGAGCCAAGUGCAUUAUGGGCAGUUCUGUCCUUGAGGAGCACUUGUUGUUGAAAAUGUUAUAUUCCAGCAAAGUAGGCUUUGUGGAAACUAGAAUGCUCACAUUGAGAAUUACAGUCUUCAUUUUAGAUGUUUUUUUUUCUGUGUAACACACACACACACACAAGGCACACAAUUACAAUCUCUGCACACUCAUGAAAGACUGUGAAAAGACUGUGAUUUGGUCUUUGUAUCUGAAUGAUCUUUGAUGCGGGAUGUUUUAUGUGCUCCAAAAGAGCUUUGGAAGGAUCUGAAAUGUCUGAAUUUGUGCUUUUCACAGUGUGCACUUCACAUAAAGCCACAGUAACAGUGUUUAAAGAUCAGAUUCUCUGAUGGCUUUUUCAUAUAUUUGCCUUUUAUGUUCUCAGUUGAUGAAUUCACUUUAGAAGUGCAGUAAAAGCAGGCUGAUGAUAAUAAAACAAGCUUUCUAUUAAA